AUGAGUAAAAAUAAAAAAAUAACUUAAAAAUAAUCUAUAAAAAAAAUAUAAAUUAUAUAAAAACUUAGAAAUACUAGUUAAAACAUAUCAAAGAAAGACUAACCAAAUUUAUACAAUACAAUAUUUAAAUGGAAUUUCGGUGGUAGUACAGUUUAUGUUACAGGAACAUUUACAAAUUGGAUAAAUCAUGUCCAAUUACAAAAACAAGGAUAAGAAUUCAGUGUUUGUGUGAAAUUGCCUCCUGAUGUUUAUUAAUAUAAAUUUAUAGUAGACGGAGAAUGGAGAUUUUCUCCAGAUGAUAAUUAAUCGACUGAUGAAAAUGGGAAUAUAAAUAAUAUUAUUGAUACAACUAAAAUUAAAUAAGUAAAUUAUUUAUAAGAAACUCAUUAAAGACCUGUUCCACCAGUAGAACUCAAAAAUAAAAAAGACGAUAUGCAAAAAGUUGAAAAUCAAUUCAAAAAAAUCGGGUUAGAUGAUAAAUCUCCAAAUAUUUCAGAAUUUUCUAGCGAAAAAUUUGCUAUUAAUGAAAGAAAAAAAAUUCUUCCAGAAUAUAAUUUUACUGAAAGAGCUCCUCCUUGUCCUCCUCAUUUACAUGAUAUAUAUUUCUUAAGAUAAAAAGAAAGAAAACAUUUUAAUAUUUGGAAAUAAAGAUAAAUACCAGAAAAUUUAUCUGAAGAAUAACUAAAGAAAAUGCUUAAAUAAGAAGAAAAUGAAGUAUUGAUUCAUAUUUUUGAAGGAGAUCAUUAGUUAGCUCCUCCAUUACAUGUCACUACAAAACAUGUAGGAAUUAAAUAAAGAAAGAAACCAUAAUAUCAUACUUAUUCAUUAACAUAAAGAUUUAAAUAAAAAUAUACAACCUAUAAAUUUUACACAAACUAAUAUUUUGAAAAUUCAGAUAGACUCUUUGUAUCCUGAUUUUAAAUUAAUUAUACAAUAAAAAACAUAUCAUUUAUUUUAAAUUUUAAGAAUCCGAUAAGAAAAAAAAGAAAU